AUGGGUACAGGUUCGCUUAAAUAUUCAAUUAAAGAAGUGGCCUCUGAAAUGGUAAUGGCAAUAGAAAGAUUUACAAAGGAAUAUGAGGACAAAGGAAUAGGAGCAGUUCCAAUAAAAGAAGUACAGAUCGUGAUGCACCCGAAAGAUUUAAUUUUAUUUGAGACCUUCCAGAGAAUUAUUGAAAAGCUAGAUUGUUGUGUUUUUAAAAUCAAGACUUUGUUCACAGUAACACCAGCUACAGAAGUCAGUGUUAUUUUUGAAAUAACCAGAAAUGAAAAGAAUGUUGAUAGAUGUCAAUCAUGGCUCAGAUCUGAAGGUAGACUUACUCCGAAUAGUAAGCUGGCACAGUUACCCCAUGAGCAAGAGUGUGUACAUUCAACUCUCUGUCAAAGGCCCGACAAAGAUACUAGCCGCUUAACAUCUAAACAAUGGCAAGAUACCGCUCUUUCCAAAAGAAGCCACUGGCCAGGGGGUGAAUUUUUUUCAAAUGCUCAUAAGCGAGAUACUGAUAAUCCGUUAACCAAUUCAAGGCUAUAUAGUGCUCAUUCAGCCACCAGCUUUUGGCCAGGCGUUGCAUAUUCCAGCACAAAUGAAAUGUCAAGCGAUGCAUAUUACGCCACAGAUCACAAGCCAAGUGAUACAAGUUCCAUCACAGAUAAAAAAGACCGUACUGCAUAUUCCGUAACAAACCAAAGGCCAGGUGUUGCAUAUUCCGCCACGGAUCACAGACCAUGCGUUGCGUUUUUAACCACAGAUUACAGGCCAGGCGCUGCCACAGAUCACAAGCCAAGUGCUACAUGUUCAACCACAGAUGAAAGACCAGGUAUUGCAUAUUCCGCCACGGAUCACAGGCCAGGAAUUGUGCAUUCCGCCACAGAUCACAGGGCAAUUGUUACAUGUUCCACCACGGACGAAAUACCGGGUGUGUUAUAUUCCGCUAAAGAUCAAAGACCAAGUGUUGCAUAUUCCGUCAUCGAUCACAAGCAUGAUAUUGCAAAACUAGGCACUUCGAAGUUGAUUGACCAGGAAACAACUGGAUAUGUUGCUGAAGUUGUCAAGGUAAACAAAGUAAAAAAUACCGCUAGGGAUCGCCCCAAAUCUGCAGGUCUGCAACGUGCAAGUGUACCUACAUUUUUUGAAUUCUCAUAUGCAUAUGAAAUAUAUAAAAUGCUCGUGUGUAAAUUUGGUAUAGAGGGUGAAAUAAAUGUUCAAGUUUAUUGUGGUGAUAUAAUAAAUUUGCAGAAUAUCCAAGCUGUUGUAUGUAGCGAAAAUAUAGCAGGAAAUGCUAAAGGUAUCGUAGCGAAGUUAUUGUUGAAAAAUGGAGGUGAAGAAUACCUGCAGGAUAAGGCAACUAAGUUUAGUCAUAUGCCAGCAGUUGGUGAUAUUGUCACAACCUCUGGAGGAAGAAACAGCUAUAUGUGGAUUAUACAUGCAAUUAUGCCGCGGAAAGAACCAAGCGCAAUACGUAAGAUGUACUCAAAAAUAUUUGAAGAAGUUGCAGAAAGAAGAUUUACAUCUGUAUCCUUGCCCUUAUUAGGAACAGGUGUAGGCGAUGUAGAUCCAAGGACAUGUACAGAAAUGCUUUUGAAUGAACUGAUACAAUUUUGCCAAACACAAAGAUGGCAAAAACUUUCGCUACAUAUAGUUUCCAAUGACGAGCUAGUUUGUGAUAUUGUCAAAGAUGUGUUUACUAAGACUAUUGACGAGAUGAAUACCAUAGAAAAGCCCACCAAACACGAGGACGAUUUUGUGUUAAACAACAUAACGGACGAAUCAUCUGAUGAUGGGGAGAUCUAACGUGAACCACGAGACCAGGUUUGGUAAUCCGGGCAUAACUUCUUUUCAGAGCGUAGCUGAGGAAUUUGAAGAAAACAAACAUUCAAUAUAGAAACUAUUGAAACGACAUCUUUAAGGAUAAAAAAAACAAUGUUUAUAAUGUGACAGGCGCACACAUCUUUAGCGCAAACUUCCAUGAUUCAAUUUAUAACAAGAAAUAUCUUAAGAAAAAGAUAUUCGACAGAAUUGUCCUGGUUAACUUGUAUAUUGUGUUAUUUAUCAUUUUUAGAUACAUAUUUAUUUGACAGAAUAAACAAUGAGGUUAUUUAUAUUGAGAAAUGGAACACUGUGAGAUGUAUGUGUUCCUUAAUGAAUAUGUCUUGUUUCGAUAAGUGAACUCAGUUUCUAACACCAACAUCUACGCAGUCGGUAGGCAAUUAUAUUUAUAAAUACUCUAUUAAUAUGCAAAAAUAGAUAUAAAUUAUGAAAAUUGUAUCAAUUGAACAGAUCAAUGAUCAUAUAAUUUAUUGGUCAUUUAUUUGAGGGAGCCUGACAAUCGCAACUACUCGGCCCUUUCCGUCAGUCUUCGGAUAAGGACCUCGAACACAAUAGUAUGAAUACAAAGAACGGAUGCGGUAUUUCGGUCUAACCUACGCUAAGAAACUAAACAUGUAAACAAGCAAUAUAUGUAGUAAAGUCCACCUAAACUAAGUAAAUUCAUAUUUCGGAUUUGUUUAAAAUUGAACAUCAGUGGGCAUACUUAAAUUACAAAUUGUUGUCAGGCAUGUUUUUAAGCAUAAGAGUACCGGGACA